AUGGCCACGCUCAACACCUCCAGCAACGGCCCCAACAUCACCCGCAGCUACCAGAAUGUCGUCAAUGCCCCGGCGCCCUCUGGUCCCCAGGCCAGCUCGCCCACAUACGGCCAAUGGGCCGUCUUCACAGUCGCUGCCCCGCUUGUCAGCGCAUUCCAGCAGGACGGCGGAAAAGAGAGCGUGCUGAAAGUGCAGAGCACCGGAGAGGGCGAGCUGCUCGACCUGAUAGACGAGUUCUCAGACGGCCGCAUCCAGUUUGCAUUCGUCAAAGUCAAGGACCCCAACACAUCGCUGCCCAAGAACGUCCUGAUAGCCUGGUGCGGCGCAGGUGUUCCAGAGCGGACCAAGGGCUACUUUGGCAGCCAUCUCACGGUUGUCUCCAAGCUGCUACAUGGAUACCAUGUCCAAGUUACCGCCCGUUCCGAGGACGACCUCAGCCCAGAGAAGAUUGUCCAGAAAGUUGCAGACGCAUCAGGCGCCAAGUACGGCGGCGGUGCUGAUGUCCCUGCCCCGCGCGGCCCUCCUCCCGUUGCCGCGAAGAAGCCCGUCUUUACACCUACCUCGAUAGGCGGCGGAGGCGCUGGCUUCAACCCUCUCGGCCGCUCGCGUGCACCUGCGCCAAAGGGCGAUGAAGAUGCGGAUGGCUGGGGUGCUGAUGCCCCGCAGGUCUCCAGAUCCCAGCUGGAGAAGGUCGGAACUGCUUACACUCCCACCAAGGUCAACAUGGCCGAGCUCACCGCGAGAAAAGACGAAUCCACCGGUUCCCAGCCCUCGGGCUCGCAGAACGACCGCCCUGAAGUCGUCAGGGGCGCAUACCAGCCAGUUGGCAAAGUCGACAUUGCAGCCAUCCGAGCCCAAGCGCGCGAUGCCAAAGACGACCGGCCCACUGUUGUCAAAGGCGCGUACGAGCCCGUCGGAAAGGUCGAUAUCGCGGCUAUCCGCGCAAAAGCCCAAGCCGGUCCCCCAUCCUCUGGCAUGUCCCCAGCCCCAACGGGAGCGUCGAACAACGAAGAAGAGGAAGAGAAGCCCAAGUCUCUCGCAGAGAGAUCAGCAGCUUUCAGCGCGCAGCCCGAGCGCCUUACCAGCUUGCCGAAGCCCAAGGUUGCCAACAAGUUCGCUGGUGCGAGCACAUUCACCGGCACCAAAGCUCCUACUCCAGGAGGUUUUGGUGCAAAGCCCGCUCCUCCAGCACCAAUCGUCGGCGCCGCGAGCAAGACGUUUGCUGACCAAGGAGGAAAGACUCCUGCUCAGAUCUGGGCGGAGAAGAAGGCAGCUCGUGGAGAAGCCGUUCCUUCUUCUACUGCCGAUGCUGGAAGCCGCCCAACUCCCCUCCAAAGCCAACAGAGUGGAGGUGGUGGCUGGCAAAGUGGCUACUCCGGCAAAUCAUGGGCUCCUGUGCAGACCACCCGAACAGGUCAGUCUGCGACUAGCAACCUCAGCGAACAACGCACGGGUGGGGCACCUCAACAAGAAGAGCCAGCCUCUCCUGCAGCUGGUGGCGUAAGCUCGCUCAAGGACCGCUUCACAGGUGCCGCCCCUAUGGGAGCGCCAACUUCACGCCCUGUACCAGAGCCGCAAGCUUCCAGCCCACCGCCUCUCGAUACCUCGAGCAAGCCCAAUGCUGGCCCGAGGGGCGUUCCGAUGCCAGGCCUGCCUACCCGACCCAAAGAGCCGGAAUCAGACGAAGAGGAUGUGCCUGCCACUCAACACCAGCGUAUGCCAUCUCCACCACCUCAACCACCUCGCAGCCCGUCUCCCGAGCCUUCCGGCUCUCCUGUUCGUAUUGCCAUGCCCGUUGCUCGUGGGCGCGAACCAGAGGAGAUGUCUCCUGCCGAGGAACACGCACCGCCUAUGCCCGCGCGAUCACUUGAUCAAGCAGCCAGGCAAAAUCGUGACAUGUCUCCAGAGCCACAAGUCGAGGCCAAGGACCCUGCUCGUGGAGCUGGCGCUGCCGUUGCUGCUGCCACUUUUGGUGCUGCCGCAGUAGGCGGUGCUGCCGUCGGCGCAGCGGUCGCUUCUCAUGACGAUGACGAUGCCGGUGGCUCCGGCAAGCGCGCAGUCAUCCAAUAUGACUACGAAAAGGCGGAGGACAACGAAGUCGAGCUCCGUGAAGGUGAGUAUGUCACAGACAUCGACAUGGUAGACGACGACUGGUGGAUGGGCACAAACUCUCAGGGCGAGCGUGGUCUCUUCCCGGCCAACUAUGUUGAGCUGGUCGAGGGCGACGAUGCCGCCGCUGCACCAGCACUGCCCGCACACCCCUCGGCGCCGCAAGAGCCCGAACCUGCUGCGGCACCAUCACAGUCUGCUGGCCCUACAGCCACCGCUCUGUACGAUUACGAAGCAGCUGAGGACAACGAACUGAGCUUCCCCGAAGGAGCCACAGUAACUGAACUUCAAUUCCCUGACGAAGACUGGUGGCUCGGUAGCUACAAUGGCCAAUCGGGUCUCUUCCCCGCCAACUAUGUUGAGUUGAACGAGUAG